AUGCUCGACGUGCUGAACGCGAUCUUUGACAGAUUCGGAUCCAAACUUGACGAGUUUGACCUUGUGCCAGUGCUGUCCGAAGCCGACGCCGAGUUCCACCCGUUCGUGGUUGCAGUCACCCCCGAGAACUCGGUCAAGCUGGGCAUCCCGUUCCAGAUCGUCCCUGCGCUCUACACGGAGGCCAGUCGAGGGCUGAUCGAGGCCAAGCAGCAAAGCGCCAGUCAAGCGACGAGCGCUGCCAGAAGCUCGUCGUCGUCGUCGUCGUGGCCAGAACAUGCUGCUGAUCUCAAUUCAGAGAUUGUUCGCAAACUGCAAGCAACCAGCCGAGCAGUCCUCAUGAUCAAUGCUGAGAACUAUACCGCAUGGAAUGCUCGCAAAUUUUUGUUAACAGCAAAGGCCGUCGCCCUGCAAGACGAGCUUCUCUUCUUAGCUCUCGUGUUUCGAAAGCACCCGAAGAGUGGGGAGGCCUUUGCACAUCGGCGAUUUGUAUUACAGCGGCUCCUGAUCAACGACCCUCCUGCAAUCAAGCAAACUCGACUGGCUGAAGAAUUUGCAAUCUGCACAACCGUGGCCAACUCGUACGCCAGCAAUUAUUUCAGCUGGAGCCACCGCACUUGGUUGCUAGAGCAGGUUGCCAGUGACAAAGACAUGGUCAACACUGAACUCGAAACCAUAAAGGCCUGGACUGCUCAGCAUCCACAGGACCAUUCCGGCUGCCACUACCUUCAACAAGUGUUGCUCGCGCGGUUGAGGACGAGAUGGCCUGUUUUGAGCGAGUUGUUUGCCGGUGAAGGAAGCCUCGCCCUCAAGAACGCAAAGCAAGUUGCCGCCUUACUGUCGAAUGCCAACUGCAAUGACCUGGCCGUGGCGGCAACAGCAGCAUUAACAGAGUGGCGGGAAGCGUUGAACGAAUCAGCUGCUCUCCUGGAGCUCCAUGCCGAUAAUGAAGCCUUGUUUCACCAUCGGCGGUUUCUCGUGUAUCAUGCCUCUCUUUUGGCUGUAGCUACCGGUAUCCAGGCCAGCACAGAGCUGCUGCAGCAAGAAACAACGCUUGCCCAAACGCAAUUUGCUCCGCGCUCUUUCGGGUCGACCCCUUCCGCAGCACAACGAAGCCGGCUACUAUCUGACUACCUGUCGUGGCUUUCGUCACUCCACCAGCACACUGCUGAUUGGAAGCUAGCCAUGGAACGCGCAGGUGCAGUCAUCAUGCUGCGUGCAGUGCCGCAUCUUGACGUGCCGCCGCCAUGGGCAGCACUGCUCGACAGCAUGGCACUCCAUCCCCAGCCACUCAGCACUGCAUUGCGCAUCAUGUUCUCAACCCCAGACCCAGAACAAGCGGCGUGGCCGUACGACUGGCUCGCGUUGCUCCGUUGGGCGCUCUUGCCAUGCUGGAUUCAGAUUCCCGCCAGCACCAACCCGGGUCCAGCAAAGCACACUUCGGAUUACCAUAAUGACGGUUCAGUCAUCAUUGUCAAAACAUGCCAGUUCUCGCGAUUACCGCGGGCAUACCAGCACGCCUUGUUACAGCUGAUACAGACCAUGCGAGACCGCUUGCCGGAUGCGGCCACUGAAUUACUGCAACAGUUGCAACCAUCGAUUGAUUCGUCUCUGAUGGAUGCGACGACGCUCGAGCUACUGCGAACGUUCACACAAAUCGACUCAGCCAACGCAAGAGAGCAACGCGAAGCACCCCCUGUUCCCAUGCAGGUGGAUUUUGCUGCGAUCGACGAGGAGAUUGCUGGAACCCCGACAAAACCAACUGUAGUCGGCUCCAUCACGGACACCAACGACCAUCCCUCUACACCCAGAAAAGUCCCUGGCACUCAAGCCAUGGUGCAAGAGCCUGCUUUGGCGCAAACUGAAUCGAUUGCUGCCAAACCGAGCGACCAGCCAUCCACCCCAUUUCACUCUCGCCAGCCGCCAACGCAAGGCUCGGCAUCUCUGCAUACGCCAUCCACACCGCACAUUCCGAGCAGCCAGGCCGCUCAAUUUGUUGCUAUUCAAGCCCUGCGCGUCGAACUCGAAGAAGCCAAUUACGAAGCGCUGUCGGAGGACGCGAUUGGGCAAAUCACACAACUGCUUCUCACCAGCUCGCCGCCUCAGGUGCUCAAACUCACCCAAACCCUGGCAUUGAAUCAACUCCAAGACGGCGCUCUGGUGCCUCUCUGCGAGGCCAUUGGUUCAGUUGACUUGGCUAUUUCUAGCGCUAGUACCCUUGUGGACUCGCUGUUUGUGGCACGUGCCCGGCAACUCGGUGGUGCUGCGCCUCGACCUCUCUUCCAUUGCAUUACACAAUUCAGCAAGCUGUCUGCCAAAGCGCUCGUCGUGGGUCUGUUUGUGCCACUGUGCGCCACUCCAAGCCAGCCCCUUGGAACCCACCAAGCCGCCCUAUUGAUUCGCAUCAUCCGUGAGGCACUGCCACCAGAGCAUGCUUCAACAGUUUUCAGCUCGGUCACUUCGGCGCUGUCGCUGGUGUGGAAUGAUCACGUCCUCGAAGUCUUGACGGCCGCCACGAAUUCCCGCUGCGGACUGGAUGCUGAUGCAGUCGAGCACGCGCUCGUGUCCCUGCUUCCUGCAGCCCACUCUCUUGCCAACUCUCUCAAACUCGCCAGUUUUCUGCAAGCGCUCAUUGUCAAGCACGCCAAUCUCGCCGCAAGUUCAAACAUUGCACUUCGACUGCAUCGCCUGCUCGAUCUAAACACGAGCUUCUUGGCAACAGCUGCGCGCAAAGCGCUCGUCCGCCUUCAAGAAUCCGCUCGUUAAUACUGUAUCGGUCAUUUAUUUAAUUUUAUUCUUAUUGCGUAAUAUUGUAUUGUAGCCACUAGUACGACAAAGACAAUACAACCCCCUGCCCCUGA